UGAGGGGUUUUUUUUGAGCUUCUUGAGGUGCCGGGAAGAAGAGCGGGCGGGUGUCGGGACUCGUUGGCGGAGGGAUACAAGUGCGAGGGAGUGACCGGGUCGGAAAAGAAGCCCCCCCCCCUCUAGGACGUCCGUUGGGCUCCCCCGGUUUCCGUUGAAAGGCGGAGAGCGCGGCCGUUGAAGGGGGAGGGGGCGGCCCUCAGCCACGGCUCAGCCCCGGGCGGAGGGAGACGGAGCGCAGCCCGCCGGAGCGGAGAGGUCGCCGCGCCACUGCCCCUCCCCGUCGCCAUGGCUGAUCAGCUGACAGAGGAGCAAAUUGCAGAGUUCAAAGAGGCCUUCUCCCUCUUUGACAAGGACGGCGAUGGCACCAUCACCACCAAGGAGCUUGGCACCGUGAUGCGCUCUCUGGGCCAGAACCCCACCGAGGCAGAAUUGCAAGAUAUGAUCAACGAGGUGGAUGCUGAUGGAAAUGGCACCAUCGAUUUCCCAGAAUUCCUCACUAUGAUGGCCCGGAAGAUGAAGGACACGGACAGUGAGGAAGAGAUCCGCGAGGCCUUCCGUGUCUUUGACAAGGACGGCAACGGCUAUAUUAGCGCUGCAGAGCUCCGCCAUGUCAUGACCAACCUGGGCGAGAAGCUGACAGACGAGGAAGUAGACGAAAUGAUCAGAGAAGCUGACAUAGACGGAGACGGACAGGUCAAUUACGAAGAGUUUGUACAGAUGAUGACUGCCAAGUAAGACAAGUGGCUUCCGUCUCUCUCUCUCUCCUUCUCCCCCCCCCGCCCCCCUGUACAGAAUGGAAGGACGGUCCGCUUCCCCUAAAGAUCUUAAUCCAGCCCUUCUUGUCGGUGUGGCACAUGUUCCAUUGAUGCUUUAGCGGUGUGUGGCCAUUCUCUGCUCUUUCCUCCCCUCUCCCCCCCUCCUCCCCCUGGUUUACCUGCUAGUACCCCAUGACUGGAAGGUGGCUCAAAAAGCUGGCGAGGAAAGGGGGUGAAGGUUCUAGCGCUAGGUGGCCAGGCGUGGG